CUGUGCUGCACACUGUGUGCAACCUUUGGGCAGUUGGUCUUUGGCUCGUCUUUUUAAGUGCGGUGACCAUGGCAUCCCAAGGCCAGGUGAUGUUCUGGAGCACGACCACAGUCAUUAUCAUCCUAGCUGCCGUGAUUGCCUUGAUCAUCGGGUUUGGUAUCUCAGGGAAGCGCUCCAUCAACGUUACCGCCUUGACGUCACCUGGCAACAUUGGCCAGAGUGGCCUCCUGGGCUGCACCUUUGAGCCUGACAUCUGGAUGGGCAGCAUAGUGAUUCGGUGGGCAAAAGUUGGAGUGGCCGGAUUGGUUCAUGAGUUCAGAGGAGGGAAGGACCACCUGCAAGAACAAGACGUGGUGUUUCGAGGCCGCACGGCCAUUUUUGCAGACCAGGUGAUGGGUGGAAAUGCUUCCCUGGAGCUGAGAGAGGUGCAGCUGUCCGAUGCUGGUACCUACAGGUGCUCCGUCACCACAUCCCGAGGGAGUGGAGCAGCAGUGCUGCGGUACCAGACGGGAGCCUUCAGCACCCCCAGGGUCCACAUGCAGACCAGUAGCAGUGGGGACACAUUGGACUGCAAAGCGCCGCGCUGGUUCCCUCAGCCCACUGUGCGCUGGACGGCAUACAGCAACGCUGGGAAGUGCCUGCCUCAUGCUGCCAACACCAGCUAUGAGCUGAACUCUGAGAACAUCACUGUGAAAGUGGUUUCCUUUCUGCACAACAUUACAGCCAACGCCACGUACACCUGUGUGAUUGAAAACAGCAUUGCCAAGGCUACAGGGAACAUCAAAGUGACAGCCUCCUCUCACUAUCCAUCCGCUGCAGAUUUCAACAUUACAACAGAGACCAGCUUACACGUGGUGAACCUGAACACGGAGUCAGUAUCUUCCUCCCUUCCUGCCUGUCACUGGAUGCUCCUGCUUCCCAUGUGUCUGCUGUCAAUAUAGAACAUCUGCAAAUGCUGUUGGACGAGGAGGUGUAAGACUCUGUAUUUGCCCUUGUUGAACCUCACCAAGUUCCUCUCUGCCUAACUCUCCAGCCUUUGAACAACCACAACCCUGGCUAGAUGAUGUAUUUUCCACUUAAAACUUGAACAGAAGUAUUCCGAGUUUGUCACCACAAUAAUGAUGAUUCAAUACUAUUUU